AUGGAUCCCAUCGAAGUACUGAACCGGUACCCCUCUUCUCAUUUUCAGGCUUUCCAGAGCCAUGAAGAAUUCGAUCGCUCCAGCCGCCCCCAUGUUGAUGCGGUGAUUCAGGGCAUGUUCUAUGCGACGCAGCAAGAUGCCCAGCGACCCACAUUCUUCCACGACCACCCGGUAGUGCUGAUGGUGGUGAGCAUGAUGCAAAAGCUCUCAAACUGGAGGUAUGCAGAUGUCGUGUUCCCUAGCAUUGACAGGGGCCUGUCUCCACCCAGCUUCACUAUCGGGGAUCUCAAUCAGGCAGCCUUCCUGUAUGGCUCCAACGCCCUCUUGGCCAACAGCUGCUAUGACGCUGGUUUCACUCAUCUUUAUGAAGAUAAGUUCCAGGAGCAUAUCCGCUGGGUGAAUUCGGAAUUCAACAAGCAAUGCAGUGCUUUGUAUGCCGAGUACUUCCGACAGGUCGCAGGAUUGGCGCCAUCCGCAGAUUACGUUGCCCAGUAUAGAUCCCUGUUUCUUUCCAGAGCCUAUCGGUCCUUGAGAAGGGCUCAGCUAGCCAACGGGUCUUGGAAAAACCCCACACUGGAAGUUUACAUUCAUCUGGUCAAAUUGUUGGCCUGUGGAGCUUCCAUUGAGGAGGUCCAAGAAAUCUACCAGAGCUUCACAACUGGUGAAGAUGCCAUCGACCCUGGUUACUUUCCCUCCCUCACCGGAGACCAAUGGUUGCAAUACAGGGGCUGGUUGAAAAGCGAUUAUCUCGGCUGCGCCGACUUGAAAGCCCAGAAUCUCUGUGUCGUUAAGUUGCCUCCUUUCCCCGUUGGGGAGGUGUUUGUAAUGCAGUGCCAGUAUUACAAGAAUCCCGUCACUUCCUCCUGCUUUUCGGCACAGUCACCAGUGCUUCUCGCUGAUGGGACCACCAGAGUGAUCAGCCAGAUACAGGAAGGCGACCGUGUCCAAUCCCACGUCUUCAGCGGAGGCAGACGGUUGCAAAGUACGUCAACCGUUGCGUUCAUCAGCAGGCCCAAACGAGCUGGACGCACCCUCUACUCGUACCGAGCAGCCCCUCAGAUCCAAUUCACCGACACCCACCCCUUGAUUGACGUUCAUCCUACCAGCCUCGCUCUCAAGUUUGUCGAUCCUGACAGCGCUCGGUCGCUAAACCCUUCAUGGAAAGCCUUGCCUGCAAGUCGCAUUUCUCCGGACGUGUUGGAGGUGCAUGACGGCGGCUCAGCGGACCCUGACGAGGUCCUCUACGACCUGGUUUUUGAGCCGAGCGGGGUCGAUUUGGAUACGGCCAAUGUCUGUAGUGGCCCGACGACGUUCACCAUGGCCGAUGAUCUACACCACCACCGCUUCGACGUGGCCAGUGAAGCCCCGGUGUUCGAAUGGUUCCCCUAUACGAUGCGAUUCUUCGAGCACCUAUUGGGUUCCCUGCUGCCUCACAAGCCUGAUUUCCCGACGAUCAUAUCGCACCUUACCGAGCGCACCAUUUCUCUUCACGACCACUUCUGGGGCUGCUGGGACGAGAUGGCCCGAGACGCAUGCACCAGGGUGCAGCACACUUCACAUCCGAGCAUACCCACUGAUGAGACAUUUUCCGUGCCCCUCAAUCGGCUCCUCCGAUUCGCAAUCUCAGAUGGUGGGGAAAUCUUUUUAGAUCCACAGACAGUGGCAGAUGCCUUUGAGAGGCUCCACACCACGCUCGGGCGGAGAGUCGCGCAUGAGAUCUGCACCGGCUGGGCGUAUCUACCCGGGACUGAAACCAUUCCCAUUCUUCUAUUGCACAACUUUCAAUACUCAGCCCGCGCUACCCCGGUUUCUCAGCCGCCGGAUCGUCACCAAGGUUUCUCUUGGAGGGUGUUACAGGAUGGGGAGCAGGUGGCUGCAAGAGAGGUGCAUGCGUCGCGACAAGGCUUCAACGUGUUUGAAAUGCAUGAUGUGAUUCCGUUAAUCUCAGCUCCCAGUCACAGUGACGGUGCACGGUGGAUGCUUGGAUUCGAAGUACACGAUCCUGCGACUGGAGUCACAUAUGUUGGGCGCAGCUGUGGGUAUAUCAAUAAACAUGCAGUUGUCGGGCUUGGAAGAGGCCAGGGUAAUGAACAUGCCACUAUUGACGUUAAAGUCAUGCAGGUUAGCCGGGAGGCAUUAUUGGCGCAGAAAACAUGGGACCAUCCCAUGCGGAUGAGAUUUGCAGCGGCGCUGGGUGACAUCUUCGCUGCCAGGCUCGUCGCAAGGCAGCCAUCUGUUCUGCCACAGAGGGGCUAUUAA